AUGUUACCCUUCCAGAGACUCGUUAUACGGAGUCAGCAUGUUGCUAAGCUUCGGCUAUGUUCCUAUAGAUUGCAACCUGUGAAAUACAAUAGCAGCUGGAGUAAGAGGGAAACGAAUGACUUUCAAUCCACAGCUGAAAAUCUGUCUGAUAAUCAAGAUUUAGGGAUCUACGAUGAUCUCAUAAAGAAAGCUGAAGACAGUAGCCUUGACAGCUACGACAGUUAUAAGGAUAUAUUCAAAGACGUUACGAUAGAGUCUGAUGAGACGCCACCUGAGCUCGAUGAGAUCUUCAAGGGCUUGAACCUGGAAAGUGCUUCAGAGAAACAAACAUUGUUAGAAGGCGAUGAUGCUUUAAGAUAUAGAGAUAUGGACCUUGACCGUACUGAUGAGAAUGCCAUGGGGGCACGGAGUACCAUAGAUCCAGGGGUAUUCAAGAAGGAACGAGCACUUUUCGACGAUGUCUUUGACAAGUACCUACAGAAAUUACCUAAAGAUGGUGAGAAACGGUCGACCUCGCCUCACCUCUGGAUGAUCAAGGAAGCGAUGAACAACAAGGCAACAGAAAUAAACCAGCAUGUCUCCAGGGCCAUGAGACCUUCUCUGGGCAGUCGCUUGUCGCAAGACACGAUAGACAAGAUGUUCUUACAAUUUGAGGGAGCAUUAUCCCCUACAUUUGAGUAUUUACUGACGUUUGACCUGAGAGGGGAAUAUCUAGAAUUCCUUGGACAGCUUUUCACCCGCUUCAAUGAAGCCGGCAACCAACUGCAAGGUUUCUUCUUGACCAUGGGAAAGGGGGAGACCAUGCUCAACUUCACGAAAAGAUAUACCGAAUUGAGUGAACAAGUCAAGCGUCAUAGUGAGGAAACACCGGCCGUGCCGCUACUCAAUGCAUACACUUUACCCUUAUUGUUCAACCAUAUCAUAAGACAGUUCAGCACAAGGUUUUACGACGGUCAACUUGCCCUAACUGCAUUCAACUUACUCAAAACGGAUCUUGGGCUUUACUCAGUUGUCUGCAACCAAGACACAUAUAAUGAGGUUCUCAAACUACACUGGGUCUAUUAUGGCAAGCAGAGCUUAUACGAGAUUGAGUUAACGUUUGCGGAAAUGAGAAACAAUGGUUUCUUGGGUAAUCUUACUACUUUCAGAAUUCUUCGAGAAAUUAUUGGCAGGUAUCAUGCUAUGAAGGUGGGUAAGAACGAUUCCAUGGUGUUCUGGCUGAGAGAGGAUGACAAGAAAGUCAAAAACUUGAGAAAUAACCUCAGAACCCUAGCUAAACAACUAAAGAGGUAA